AUGGUGUAUAGAGGUUUUGGGUUGGAGCAUAUUGUCCCACCACCAAACAAGCCUUUUCAGGAAAUGACUCCUGAGGAGCAAGGUGAGUAUGGUGCUUUAAUGCUGUCGAAGUUUACUAUGUCAUGCCCAGGGAAAUCAGCCAUAAGUGGUGUUACUGGUUUUGCACUUGGUGGUGUUUUCGGUUUAUUUAUGGCAUCGAUGGCAUAUGAUACACCUCUGCAUACUCCUGCAGUUGCCGGUAACUCACCUGGUGCUGGUAUACCGGGUGCGAUGACCAUGCAGCAACUGGCUGAUCUACCACUGAAGCAACAAAUUAAAAUCCAGUUUAGUGAUAUGGGCAAAAGGGCUUAUUCAAGUGCGAAGAAUUUCGGGUAUAUUGGUAUGAUUUAUUCCGGUGUCGAAUGUGUUGUGGAGUCCUUAAGAGCAAAAAGCGAUAUUUACAACGGUACAACAGCGGGAUGCUUAACAGGAGCGGGCCUAGCAUACAAGAGUGGACCAUCUGCAGCCUUAAUAGGCUGUGCUACUUUUGCAGCAUUUUCAACUGCAUUGGACUUGUAUAUGAGAAGUGAGAGUGGUACCCCGCCUAAGAAUGACUUUAACGAAUAG